GGCAUUAUGGGGAGAUUAUAAUAGGUAAACGUCUGAUCCAUACUCCAAUCCGGAAGGUGGCGGUAAAGCACCUAUAAGUUGUUUGCCAACCGCCAUAAAAAUAAAAAGAAGAAGAAGAAGAAAAAUUUAAAAAGAAGAAGAAGCAGAAGAUACACGGCGUGUUUAGAUUUUUGCCAACUGCCAAUAAAACAUCAAGAAAAAGAAAAACUGGCGGUGAAGGAGCGUCGAGCUUCACUCAGAGACAAAAUGGCUUCCAGAUCAGAGGAGGAUCUCUGCUGUCCGGUCUGCCAGGACAUCUUUGUUGACCCGGUUGUUCUGUCAUGCAGUCACAGUUUCUGUAAGGAAUGUCUGAAGAACUCCUGGAGAGCAAGACCUGGACGUUCAUGUCCUGUUUGUAGGAAAAGAUCUGACAGAGAAGAUCCUCCAGUUAGUCUGACUCUGAAGAGACUCUGUGAAUCAUUCUUACAGCAAAAAAUCCAAAAUGCUUCAGAGAGUCUCUGCAGUCUGCACUCUGAGAAACUCAAACUCUUCUGUCUGGACCAUCAGCAGCCAGUUUGUCUCGUCUGCAGAGAUUCAGAAAAACACACCAACCACAGAUUCAGGCCUAUUGAUGAAGCUGCUCAGCAACACAAGAAGAAACUUCAGGAAACUCUGAAACCUUUGAAGAAGAAACUGGAGCUGAAGAAGAAAGUUAAAGAAAAGUUUGAUCAGACAGCAGAACACAUGAAGGUCCAGGCCCGACACACAGAGAGGCAGAUUGUUGAGCAGUUUAAGAAGCUUCAUCAGUUUCUAGCAGAGGAAGAGGAGGCCAGGCUGGCUGCACUGAGGGAGGAAAAGGAGCAGAAGAGAGGGAUGAUGAAGGAGAAGAUGGAGGCUCUGAGCAGAGAGAUAGCAGCUCUUUCAGACACAGUCAGAGCCACAGAGGAGGAGCUGAGAGCUGCAGACGUCUCAUUCCUGCACAACUACAAGGUUGCAGUGGAAAGAGUCCAGCGCUGCCCCCUGCUGGAGGAUCCACAGCUGCCCUCAGGAGCUCUGAUAGACCAGGCCAAACAUCUGGGCAACCUGGCCUUCAACAUCUGGAGCAACAUGAAGAACAUGGUGACCUACACUCCUCUGGUUCUGGACCCAAACACGGCUGGGUCAAGACUCUUCCUGUCUGACGAUUUGACCAGUGGGACGUUUGGAGAGAAACAGCAGCUUCCUGAUAAUCCAGAGAGGUUUGGACCAGAGUGGUCCGUCCUCGGCUCUGAGGGCUUUAACUCAGGGAACCACAGCUGGGAUGUCGAUAUUGGAGACAGUCAGUAUUGGUUGCUGGGUGUGUUAGUAGAGUCUGCCCAGAGGAAGGGGAAGAUACAGUCUGGAUUUUGGGUUAUACAGUUCUAUAAAGGUAAAUAUUCAGCACGGAUUACAGCAGCUUGUCUCUCAGAUCUACCAGUCCAGAAGAAAGUCCAGAGGAUCAGAGUGAAUCUGGACUGGGACGGAGGAAAGCUGUCGUUCUCUGAUCUGGAUACUAACACACACAUACACACCUUCACACACACCUUCACUGACAGGAUGUUUCCAUGUUUUGUCUCUGCCAACGUCAAAAUCCUAUCCAUGGAGAUCUCAGUGAAAAAACAGCAUCUCUGUCCAAGUUAAACCUUGAUGAGAUUUAAACUCUGGUUUUAGACAGGAAACUGGAGGUGAUCUGACUGAUCAUCUGGUUGUUUUCAGCUCAGCUUCAGAUCUGCUUCGUAAGCCAGAAACUGAAUGUGACAUAAAGUGGAUGAUGUGAAGCUUAGACUGGCACUGACUCUGCAGGAUCAGUUUGUCUCAUACCAUCACCCAGAAAACAUUUCAAAAUGCUUGGCAAGAAAUCCAAGGGUAAACAUCUAAAAUACAUUCAUCAAGGUUUGAUUAAACGGAGAACUCAAUAUGUCAGAUGCC